AUGUACUUUCUCAACCUUCUCCUGACAGCCAGCCUACUUCGCGGCUUGUCGCUGGCAGAUCCAUCACCAGCGAGUCCUCGCCCUCCCAACACCCUGCGCUCCACAGGGCGACCCUCAAGAACCGCGAGCCCCGAGUACUCGAGCGGCGAUUCCGAAGUUGGCCACGACUCAAGCGCUGACACGAGCGGCGACAGCGGCUUCGACACAGACUCGGAGAACAGCGCGUUGUGCAAGGAGCGAGGACCCAAUGAUCCGCCAAGUUACUACAUCCGGUGCGGAAAGUCGUUCCAAGAAAACGUUGGCGCUCCAAAGCACUGCCGACGCCGCGGCUAUGCCCACUGCGAGGGCCAGCGGUAUGUCCUGCUGGACUCGAUCCCGAAGGCGCAGCAGGAGGAGUGCAGGCGGUUGUGCCGCUGCAUGACGGGGAUUCCGGCAUGGAUGACGACCGAGAACGGAUGGCAGGGGACCAUUUCAGGUUCGCGGGCCAACCAAGGCAAGGGAAAGGGCAAGGCCGCUGAGGGUAAUUCUCUCCUUUGA